AUGACUGUUUUCAGGUGUGUUCGCCUCGAACCGUUCAGUGUCCAGAAAAAUAUAGACAUCGACUGUGAUCGCAAUUUGGAUUUGGACUUCUGCAGGAAGGACACCAGCCCCGUUUGCAUGGAAAUCCAAGGCGUCAGUGGAAAAAAUGGUCGAGCAAUUGUUACAUGGCUUCCACCGAAGCGAGUUCCACUUUACUACCAUGUUCGCUACGGUCCUGCAGAGAUCAAGGGGACAAUGCCUUUGGUAACUUGGCAGAUUGCCACCAAGAGAGAUAUCAAAGCCGACGGUUCUAUCACUAGCUUGACACUGGAUGUACAAGAAGAUCGAGAUUAUGGAGUCCAAGUGUGUGCGAUUUUCAACCAACUACGUAAACGACCAAAGUUUGGAUUGGUCCCAGUUACACCGUUUCUCUGCACUAGCUGUAAUAACACCUCCCUGGAAGAGACGUUAAGGGACACCACAAGUUCGGUCAUGAGACCAGGCCAGGAUGAGGCAACUGAGGCGAGACCGACAGACCACUGA